CCGCGUUCUAAACGCUCGAUCGAUGCCAAAAUUCACUACUGCGUCCUGCCUAUGCAGAGCACUACUCUUCCUAGGUGUGAUGCAGCGAGCAGAAGUGGGGCACAUUAUACGCGUCUAGCUCCCCGCAUCAACGUCCGGGGCACCGUCAGCUGAGCACAGUCAUCGAUCAAGCAAACAGUGCAUGGUGCAACCAGCAUAUUUGAGGUUGGGGUAUAUCAGCGUUGCUCACUGCUCUGCAAUGAUACCUAUACCAUUUUCUCUUGACCUUUCACCAACGCUUCCAACAACUAAUUCACGGACAGCAACAAGACACCCAAAAUGCAGAACCCGUCGAUAGUCCUCUACGCCGCCUAUAACGCCAAACUUGAAGACAAAGGGAUUCCUGAACUCAUCGACUCCCACGAUGUCCUCGUCCGCAUAAUCUACGUAGGCGUCUGCGGCAGCGACGUACACUUCUGGAAACACGGUGGCAUAAGCAAAAUGGUCGAUCCAUCCACAGGCAUCGUAAUGGGCCACGAAGCCUCGGGCACCAUCGCCUCCAUCGGCUCCUCCGUGACCCAAGUCGCUGUCGGAGACCGCGUAGCCAUCGAGCCCUGUGCCCCGUGUCGCUUCUGCGGCGCGUGUAAGAAUGGAACUUACAAUUUGUGCCGCCAAAUGCGAUUCGCUGCUGCCCCAGGACCGCCGGACACGCAAGGCACGCUGAGCAAGUAUUUUCGAAUUGCGGAGGACUUUGUGUAUAAGGUGGAUGAUGGGAUCAGUUUGGAGGAGGCGGUGCUGGUCGAGCCGUUGAGUGUUGCUGUGCAUGCAGUUAAGUUGGCGGAUGUGAGGCCUGGUGAGACGGUGGUGGUGAUGGGCAGCGGUACAAUUGGGUUGCUUGUUGGGGCUGUUGCGCGACAGUUUGGUGCGCACCGUAUCAUCCUCGUUGAUAUUCUGGAGAAGAAGCUGGACUUUGCGAGGGGGUAUUUGGGUGUUGAGACAUUUUGCGCGGACAUGAAGAGCACACCAGAGGAUGAUGCGGAGAAGUUGUUGAAAAAGUUCGGGCUGGAAGAAUUCGGCAUCGACACAGUGGGUGGCAAGGUUGAUACAGUGAUUGAGGCUUCGGGUGUAGCAUCAAGUAUCAACAUGGGCAUACACUUGCUAAGACCAGGGGGCAAGUACGUGCAGACGGGUGUUGGGAAGGCCAAGAUCGAAUUUCCGAUUGUGGCGCUGAGUAAUAAGGAGUUGAUGUUUAGGGGUUGCUUCAGGUAUGGUGCUGGCGACUAUGAGUUGGCGGUCAAAUUGAUCACGAAGGGGCUUGUGGAGGUGAAGCCGUUAAUCAGUUCAGUGACGCCGUUCGAGGAUGCUACGAAGGCUUGGGACAAGACGUCAAGAGGGGAGGGCAUCAAGAAUCUGAUAGAAGGGGUGAAGGACUAGCUCAAGCUACUCGGGGAUGAAUUGGACCUCGAUUCUACC